GAGUCAGGAUGCGCGCUACGAACCGCGCGGGUCCCGUCGAACGUCCACCCGCCCGCCCGCUUAGUCGAGGAUAACUCCAUACACAGAAAGAAGCAGAGAGAAACGGUCUGAAUCAGGCUCAAUGGCAUGAUGAAGCGCGGUAGAUACGCUGACUGCAUCAUGACCACGGAGUACGGGGGGUACGGAGCCUAUAUGAGUUGUAUCCGGAGUACAUCCCGCGACCGAGUGGCUGGGCGCUCCACAUUGGUGCAUCUACAGAUACCGCAUUGUUCCGGCCGGAUGUAAAGCUGCAGGGAAGGAGCAGGAGUCGAACUGCUUGGGUUUUGACACGUAUCGAAGCUGUGCCGCCCCCCUCCCUGGAAGCAUUCGCUGCAUUGAUUAGCGGAAUAAAGAGCCCCCGCCUCAUCUCAGUCUGGAUUGGAACCGAGAUAGUACAAUAUUCCCAUUGACGGUGUCUCGGAUAACGAGCGGAUGGGAAAAGUCAAUUCACCUGGAUUAUGGAGUACAGAGCUGCUUUAAUUAGCACCGUGUAUGCAUGGAGUGCAGGAUGUUCUAUUGACUGCUUAAUAUCCACCGAGGCUUCGGCCACGAGUAUCGUAUCAGGAAAGAAGCCGUGCAGAUGGCUUGAUUAUUCCUUGCAUCAUUUCUCGCUGCCCAUUUCAAUGGCCGGUGGUUCGGAACGUCAGUGAUUAAUGCCUUAGUGGCGCCGCUCGUUAUUACCGAAGGCCCUCUCGUUUCUUUUGCUAUCAAUUGGGGGUCAUUAUUAUUUAGUACCCGUUUGGCACGGAGCACUCCCCCCC